AUAAAAUUUUUAAAAAACCAAAAGAACCACGUGAUGGUGUACCCAUUCGACGGUGUACCGAUUAAAUUACUCUUGUCACCGCUAGCUAUCGCUUUGAGGAUGUUGAUACAUUGAAACUAUUUAAGUGUAAAAUUUGAAAGCAGACUUUUAAUUAAAAAAAAAUGCAAGUGGUACAUAAACGUGAAACGCAUAUAAGAUUGAUCUCCAAGGACAUGUUUAAAGUGAAGAGGAUCCAACAUGGUGUACCAGGAGCAAUGUUUUAAUCAACGUGCGAAAAAAGCUCAGUGAUUACUAAGUGUCUCCAUACGGGAAAGCUCUGUAAACAAAUACUUUCGAGUGAAAUUGAUCCAUGAAAGGUGUCGUGUCGAUUUCUAAAAGGCCUUUUGAAACUCCCUGUGAUAUUGACGGAGCGUUUACAUUGCCCAGGAAUACCGAGAAACAGGAACACGUUUAAAAGACCCAUGUGUGUUUCCCAGAGGACGUCCUGAGGAAGAGAUGAAGAGAAACCAAUCGUACUUUAGAUUUGUCUUCCUGUCGUGUUUAGUGACUUUUACGUUAAUGUAUCUAACAAUAGAUAAUGAAAAAACACAUAUAUAUGUGGAGGAGGGAGGGGGUGAGAUUGUAUUGCAGGAACGCAAUCAUUUGUUCGAUUUUGAGACCACCGUCCCUGCAGGCAGGGUAAUAAAAACUAAAACUGUGUACCCAGUGGGCAUGUAUGCACCUUAUCUCAUCAACAACAGAAAUAUGUGUCGAAAGUAUGAAAAAAUAUCCGCGUUAGUAAUGGUUCACACUUCUGUACGAAAUUUCUGGAGAAGGAAAGAGAUGAGACGGACUUGGCUCAAUAUUUCCCACUACAGUCCAGAGAAUCUGCAAGUGAUAUUUCUGGUUGGCACGAUAGACAAUAAGACUGUUCAGGAACAGUUGACUAACGAAAGUCUACGUCAUCGCGAUAUCAUACAAGGUGACUUCGUGGACUCCUACAGGAACCUAACCAACAAGGGCGUGAUGGGGUACAGAUGGAUCACAGAAAAUUGCAUGAAUGCAGAAAUAGUCAUCAAAAUAGAUGAUGAUUCCUUCAUUAAUUUUUUCAAGUUUUUUGAAGAUUUUUCGUUUUUGAAAACACGUAAACGGUUCAUCUUCUGCAAUAAAAUUAAUUCGAAUUCAAUGCCAAUAAUUCGGAAAUCUUCAAGUAAGUGGUAUGUGAGUGAUAGGUUUUACAAAGCCCGGGACACAUAUCCGCAUACAUACUGCAGUGGUUUUGUGGUUUUUAUUUCCACAGACCUGAUUCCUGCUCUCUAUCAGGCAGUUUUUACUGCUCCGUUCUUCUGGGUGGACGAUUUCUACCUGUUUGGGUUGCUUCCAAGUCGUGUGAAGAAUGUGGUGCACGAAAAUUUUGGUGGAAAUUUAACCUUUAUGCACCCAGAGGGACUCAAAUGUUACAGAGAAAGUAAACGGAAGUGCAAGUAUCUGGUGAUGCCAGCGAGGGAUAAAGAGAUCGAUUUUAUGUGGAAAGCCGUGAUUGCCGACAGACAUCAAAGUGUGUAUGGGAAUUACUAUAUGACGUUAAAAAAUUCGUAUAAUUAAAAUUGAUUUCUUUUCAUGUGCACAUUUCUCCUUAGAGAUAUUCAAAUUAAAAAUUGAAAUCAAUACACUUCAACAAAAAGUAUAUCUGUUUUUGAAAUUAUACGAACUUAUAGACACGUACCUCAUUGCGAAUCACAAAGAUGGUAUCUCUUAAUGAAAUUGAUGUACAGUAAAGAUUUGUGGCGCGGCGCUAUUGGUUUGUCCAUCAUCACACCAUCUGUGUUAUUCAUAAUUCAUCAUUAGAAACAAGAACAUUCAACAGACCAUCCGAUUCAGUAUAAUGAUGACCGAGGUACAGCGAAAGGUGAUUUAGAAGGUGUGGGAGGAAAGUAAUAUAUCAUAAAGGUGUUCAAAAAUCUUAA